CACCCCCAGUCCACUCACCUCCACCACCAGUUCACUCACCACCGCCACCAGUAUACUCACCACCACCACCUGAAAUGCCAGAUGUUAUCCUCCCACCAACCUUGGGAAUGGAAUACUCUUCACCUCCCCCACCAAUGUUCCCAGGCUACUAACUAGUUCCACACCACUCUCUCUAGAUCUCUUCACAAGUUCUUGUGUUUUUGGUGGGCAAUGUUUUUAUCAGUUCUACUUCCUUGCAUAUUCCAUCAAAUCCUAGUCACGGGUUCUUGUUAAUUGCAGCCUCAUCAGUAUGAAAUUGUUCUGUUUUUGCUGCUGUUUUUUUGUACUUUUUCCCCGUAUACAUUUCAUCUCUUCCCUUGGGAACAAGAAAAAGAAAAAGAACAGAAAAAAAAAAUACACUUAGUUUGUCUUUGAUAAUGUAUAAUAUUUAUACAAAAAUAUAUCAAUAAGCCUUUUAAUGCAGGGAAUGUAAUCCAUCUUAGUUAGAAUAUUAUGAGGUUUUACUUACAUUCUCUUGUUUUGUACGCAAAAUGCCGACUAGUUAUUGCAUUCCGGUCGUGCACAAAAAACAGACAGACAGACAAAGUCAUCCUUAUAACGUACUUGUUAUUUAAUUUUUUAUGGUCUUGAAGCCAAACAAAAGGGAGAUUCAUAAUUUCAUACCAAAUGUUUGUUAAUAAGAUUGAUUGACAAUACAAGAAUGCUAAGACAAGAACAAAACGACGUUUCACAUCAUAAAGAAUAAAUGAGAUGAGAUACAAGGAUGUGAAUGAUUCUCUUAAUCACGAGGUAGGUGGUACUAAUUAAAAUGACAUUCCAUGUUAAGUUUGUGCUUAAUCUUUUCCCCAGUAUUAAAUUUUCCUUAAUUAAAUUUCUGUAUCUAUCUUCAAUCUGAAUCAAAAUGUAUCAAGUCCGGAUUCCACGGAUCACUAUCUUGAAGUUACUCCCCAUAUGAGUUUGACACGCACAAGAGAGUGAAAAAUGCAUGAUUCAGACGGCAAUAUACACAUUACUCAGUGCUUGUCAAAUCGUUACACAAUUCUGAAUUAGCAAGGGUAAUGACAGUAUAAUUAAACAACAAACAGUAUAUAAUAGAAGGAAGAAGAAAGAUACGAAUCUUUCAGAUGUUUCCUUUUGUUUUUUCUCAAAACGACCAAGAACGCUAUCAAACAAUUUUCCACCAUACUGUUUGCUCUUGUUUUCUAGUCUAGGUAUCCAGCACAAUCCAUCAAAAACCAUACCAUCACUGUUCUCUAAAUGUACACCUCUUGAAACCCAAAGGUCACUCUCUGUCUCUCCCUAACCCCAGAAGCGCAAUCUCCCUCUCUCUUUUAGUCUAUCAGUGUCUAUUUAUCUAUAUAUCUGAGUCUCUGUCCUAUAUUCUAUAUAUACGUGCAUUUCAUUCUUUAUUAUCCAUAAAAAGAAAGAAAUCAGAGUUCAGGAAAAGAAACUAAGUUCAACGAUGGAAAUGUUCAUAGAUUCUCUUUAUAAUCAUUAUCACCAAAAACACUUUCUUAUUAUGCCUUUAGUUAUCACCAUGGCUUUGGGUUUUGUUUUGAUCAUAAUCUUAAAAGGGUAUUAUUCUAGGCAGAAGCAAAACAGCAAGACUUCAUCUAUUCCUGUGGUUCCUGGACUACCGUUGAUUGGGAAUCUACUGCAACUCAAGGAUAAGAAACCACACCAAACUUUCACAAAGUGGGCUGAAGUCUAUGGACCUAUAUACUCUAUAAAGACAGGAGCUUCUACUAUUGUAGUCCUCAAUAAUAACCAUGUAGCCAAAGAGGCUAUGGUGACUAAACACUCAUCCAUUUCAACGAGGAAGCUUUCAAAUGCGUUGAAAAUACUUACAGCUGAUAAAACUAUGGUUGCCACAAGUGACUAUAAUGAAUUCCACAAGAUGGCAAAACGACACAUACUCAAUGGCAUGUUGGGACCCAAUGCUCAGAAAAAACAUCGUGGGCACAGAGACAAUAUGAUAGAUAAUGUAGUGCGUCGCUUACAUACUCAUGCAAAAGAAAAUCCUCUUGAACCUGUAAACCUCAGAGAGAUAUUCCAAGAUGAAAUCUUUGGUUUAGCAAUGAAACAAGCUUUAGGAAAGGAUGUCGAGUCUCCAAUAUAUGUCAAGGGACUUGGGAAAACUUUGUCAAGAGACGAGAUUUUUCAAGUUUUAGUGGUGGAUCCAAUGAUGGGAGCAAUUGAGGUAGAUUGGAGAGAUUUCUUCCCAUACCUGAGAUGGGUUCCAAAUAAAAGUGCCGAAAUGAACAUCCGGCGUAUGGAACUGCGCAGACGAGAAGUGAUGAAAACCCUUAUAGAGGAGCAAAAGAACAGAAUCUCUUCAGGAGAGGAAAUAAAUUGUUAUCUGGACUUCUUAUUAUCCCAAGGGAACACUCUUACGGAGACGCAACUGAUCAUGUUGAUUUGGGAAACAAUUAUUGAGGCUUCUGACACAACUUUAGUCAUAACAGAAUGGGCCAUGUAUGAGCUUGCAAAAAGUUCAAAUUAUCAGGAUCGCCUCUACGAUGAAAUCCAAAAGGUUUGCGGAAACAGCAUGUACACGGAGGAGCAUUAUAAUGAGCUCACGUACCUAAGUGCUGUUUUUCAUGAAACUCUGAGAAGGCAUUCACCUGUUCCGGUCAUUCCUUUGAGAUAUGUACACGAAGAUACUCAACUAGGAGGAUAUGACAUUCCUGCUGGAACUGAGAUUGCCAUCAACAUCUAUGGGUGUAAUAUGGACAAGAACCAAUGGGAUUCACCGGAAGAAUGGAAGCCCGAGAGAUUUUUAAAUAACAAGUAUGACCCCAUGGAUCUUUACAAGACGAUGGCAUUUGGAGGAGGAAAGAGAGUCUGUGCAGGAUCUUUGCAGGCACUGUCGCUUUCUUGUGCUGCUAUUGCUAGAUUUAUUCAGGAGUUCAAAUGGAGUUUGAAACAAGGACAGGAAGAAGAUGUCAGUACAGUUAGUCUCACUACUCAGAAGCUCAAUCCUGUGCUAGCAUUCAUAACUCCAAGAGAUUUAUGAAGCUGAGAGUUUGCGUAGUCCUAUACAGGUUAUCGUAUGUUUUUGGUUAGAUGCUGUUUUGUUUACAAAAACAAAAGAAUAAGGUCAUGUUAAUGGUACAAUUCAAAAUGGUUUCCCUUUUGCCAA